GGAUCUAGAGAUAGACAGAGAGAGUGUGAGAGAGAGUGAGCGAGAGAGAAAGAGAGAGAGAGAGAGACAGACAGACACACAGGGAGAGAAACAGAGAGCCCUUUCCUCGACCAGUGGCUCUCUUUCAUUGGCUCGGUGCACUGGACCGGCAAACAGGAAACACUACAACACCAUGCCUGUUUCUGUCGCUACAUCAAGUCUCUACCACUACCGCUGCUACUACCUCGCAUCAUCUUCACUAGAACCAGCCAGCACUCAGACAGCGGAUCAGAGAGAGAGAGAGCGAGGAGCCCCCUGAAAGACAGACUCGGCGGAGUAAAGAAACAAGAGACUGUGGAUGAGGCUGGACCAGGGUUACGACGCUACAGACUGAAGCCAAGCAGCCGCUGUGUUUCUGUUCCUGCUCCCAGCUGCUCCAUGCGAGAGGAGAAAAAGUGGAGCGGCGGAAAGACAGAACUGCUGUUCAGAGUCUGGAAGAGUCUGGAAGACGGAAAACAAAGCCCACGUAGCAACACCGCUCUGAAGUGGCUCAACAGAGACAUACUGACUGACUCUCAAGUGGCUCAAGAGUGACAUACUGACUGACUCUGAAGUGGCUCAAGAGAAACAUACUGACUGACUCUCAAGUGGCUCAAGAGAGACAUACUGACUGACUCUCAAGUGGCUCAAGAGAGACAUACCGGCGGACUCUCAAAGUGGCUCAAGAGAGACAUACCGACUGACUCUGAAGUGGCUCAAGAGAGACAUACCGACUGACUCUGAAGUGGCUCAAGAGAGACAUACUGACUGACUGACUGCUGCUCCAGUGGAUGCUCAAGACCACGUUGUGACGCUCCAAGACUCACUGACACGAGGGUUGGCUUCUCCCAACACACCUGACUGAAGGACUGACCCUCGGCUUGUGACCAGAGCAGUGGCUCAUGCUGACACCACACACCAGGACUUAAAGGGAGUUCUUCUCGACCUGUAGAACCUGUAGAACCUGUAGAACCUGUAGAAUUCUCUUUGACGUCUGACUGUCAGCGUAUGGAACACUGAAUGCCCCCCCCCCCUCCCCGUUAAAAGGACUUCGGUUCAGGUUCUGUAGCUCUACGGCCAGACUCUUGUAGAUGUAAGACUUCAUUGUUUUUGCUUCUCUUGAUUCUGACUGUUUGUCUGUGCGCUCAGUGGAAGACCCUCCCCCCCUCCAGCUCGUGCCUCAUGGCUUGCUACUACAUAGUCAUCAGUUCUACUCACCUCAGCAACGGCCACUUCAGGAACAUCAAGGGAGUUUUCCGCGGACCCCUCAGCAAAAAUGGCAACAAGAACUUGGACUACGCGGAGAAGGAGAGGACGGCGACCAUGGCCAAAGCCUUGGAGGACCUGAAGGCCAACUUCUACUGUGAUCUGUGUGACAAGCAGUACUACAAGCAUCAGGAGUUUGACAACCACAUUAACUCUUAUGACCAUGCUCACAAACAGAGGCUGAAGGAGCUGAAGCAGAGAGAGUUUGCCCGGAACGUGGCCUCUAAGACCAGGAAGGAUGCGCGGAAACAGGAGAGAGCACUCCGGAGGAUACAUGAGCUGGCCGAACAACGCAGAGAGGUCCAUUGCGCUCCAGGCAGUGGCCCCAAGUUCAAGUCCACUACGGUGGCAGUGGAGGGCAGUUUCAGAGACAGCUGUACCGAUGGACCUUCAGAGGAGUCCAACAACUCCACAGUUCUGGAGACAGGAACCCACAACCACACCAGCACCGGCACUGGCCUGGCCACCAACAGCAAGACCCAGAAAACACUAUACUGGCCUUACACGGGAAAGGCCAAGAAACAGACUUACAACAGGCACAAAAUAGCAUUCUCAUUCUCCUUCCCAAAGAAAGCAUCCAUGAAGCUGAAAUCUUCGGCCGCCGUGUUCUGUGACAACACAGAGGAGGGUUCCAAAGAAUGUGUCAGAAGACAGAAGCUCAGAAUGCCCCUUGUUGAGUUGAACAUUCUGGACUCUCCUACUGCAGAGGAAAAGGGACUGGGUCAUGGGACUGUGGAGGCUAUUGACACUCAGCCUGGUGAUCUCAGCCCAAACAGUGUUCGUUUUAGUGAGUGGAGCCAGAGGUCAUCAGAUGCACUAGCCAGGUCUGACAUCCCAAUGCGACCACAGUGCUCACAUUUGUGUUCUGUGCUAGUUAACUCUGAGGAUAUGGCCAGACCUUAUGUGUCCUCCAUCUCCCAAUUACCUGCAUUCCCAGGCAACCCAGACACAGUACUAGAUAGACUGAACUCUGAGGAAACUCAGAGAAACAGCCCAACAGAGGCCGAGCCGGAAACAAGCAAACUCCAACAAGAUCAUAAAAUAGAGGAGAGUGUCUGUGGGGAAGAGGACUCCUCCAUUAGCAGUUUCUCUUCUGAGGUCCUCUCCAGUUCUGAUGGUCCAACUGAGAACGGCUCCUCCUCUCAAUCAUCUCAGUGUCCUGGGACUGCGAGAGAGGAACAGAAAGGAGAAGACAUUACGGUGGUGGUGAAGACCCUGUCUUUCACCAAGCCCAGCCAGCCCUUCUUCUCUGUGCUCAGCAGAGAUGGAAACACUGUUCUCCAGUGGCCUACAGAGAUGUUGACCUUCACCAGGACAGAGCCCUGUCUCUCCUACAGCUGCAACCCCCUCCAUUUUGACUUUAGGGCCUCACAGCAAUGGCAGAGCAGGGCGAAGGUUAGUGUUGGUGACAGUCAGAGUAAUUUAUCUAUGGCUUUGUGUAUCAGCUCAACCUCUGUCUGCGCUGAGGAACCAACAAAUGUUGACAACAAGCACAACAACAAGGCCUGCUCUGGCCCAAACCAUCAGAGCCCUAUCAGAGACGGCAGGGAGGCAGUGAAGAGGAAGGAUUGUCUCAUAUGUGAGCACCACACGAGUGACACAGACACAGAAAGUUGCAGCUUGCGACUUAAGAGACACAGCAGUGGCGGAUAUAGUAGGCACUCAAAAGGCAGGACUCAAUCUGAGAAAAGAGCAGCAGGUGGCGAGAAAUGGAAAUCCAGAGACAGGCGCCAUUAUAGGAGCCACAAGAAGAAGGGGAGGAGGAAGAGGAGGGGGAUGAGAGGAGGCGGUGAGGAAGAAGAAGAGCACCACAGAGAGAGGGAGACGGAUAGAGGGUUGGAGAGCAAUACAGAGAAAUGCAACAAAUUUCAGAGACGGUCUGAGUGUUGGGAAGGACUUGAUAGCCAAUUUAGAGUCCCCACUUCACAGCAAGUGCAGCCAUUAGAGAAGUCAAAGCAAUCGGCUGAGGACAGCGGCUGCGCUGCUCCCUUUGCCCCGGAGGACAGGGAGACGGAGAGGGAGAGGGAGAGGGAGAGGGAGAGGGAGAGGGAGAGGGAGAGGGAGAGGGAGAGGGAGAGGGAGCGUGUGGUGGAGAGGGAGCGGGUUGUGGAGAGGGAGGAAGAGAGAAGAAGACAGGAAACAGCAGGCAGAGUAAACGGCUCAGCGGGCAGCCUCAGCCUCUCGGAUGAAAAGGUGUUUGGGAAGAGCGUCAGGAGAGACCCGGUCCAUCCAUCAACAGAACAGAGAAACACUGCAGGGCAUGGCUCAAAGAGCUCCCAGAGUCACAACGACACCCCUUGCCCUGAGAAACCUCCUGGGGUUGUUAGACAAAACCCAGGCAGAGUGAUGACUGUCACGGCACCAGAGAGCUUAGUCACUGUUACCCAAAAACUAAGCAUGGCCCUUUCACCCGAGAGGCUUGGUGAAGACUUGUGUGAGAGCAGGGCCCUGAAACGGAAAAGGACAGCAUCUAUGUCUCUGGCUGAUAAGGAGCAGGGCCUUGACCUCCAGGGUCCAUGCACUCAGUGUCAGCCAGCUGUAAUGGUAGAGCCCAGUGGGCCAGUCCUAUGUACCCAGUGUCAGUCAACUGUGGAAGAGUCCAAUAGGCCAGAUGGUUCAAUGGGUGAGGAGGGGUCUGCUUGGUCUUGCUGUGUUUCUUGUGGUGGGGAGGGGAGACAGAGGAAGAGACAGAGAGGGUCCAGUUAUACUCCUCACAUCUCAGACCCUCCUGUAGGUCACAAUGUUCUCAUCUCAGACCCUCCUGUAGGUCACAAUGUUCACAUGGCAGAACCUCCUGUAGGUCACAAUGUUCUCAUCUCAGAACCUCCUGUAGGUCACAAUGUUCUCAUCUCAGACCCUCCUGUAGGUCACAAUGAUCACAUCUCAGACCCUCCUGUAGGUCACAAUGUUCACAUGGCAAAACCUCCUCUGGAUGUACUGUCUGUUGACAGAUGUGAGCUGAACGUCCAGAGUGAGAAUCUAGUGAAUACAGCUGUGGAAUAUCUUGAGGUUAAAGGUCAACUUGCCAGCUGUAGUGCCUUGAGUCAGCCAGCUGUAGAGCACGACAGUAAGUCAAUGGGAGGUUCUCCUCGGCUCCAGAUUCAGAACAAUGUUCCCAGCAUGAAAGAAGAAUGUUCCUUCUCUCCCUCUCAAACUGGACCUGUAAGAGAUCCCCCAAAUCCCCCAGAAAUAAUCGGUGUUACUAAUGAAAACAAAAACAACACUGUUUGCCUCCCAAACUCUUCCACUGUUUCUCUCCCGAUCAUGGUACAUCAUAUAGGAAUGGGUAACAUAGGACAAGAUUGUAUAACAAGGAAAUCAGUGGCAGUGGCUGCCCAGGUCAGUCCACUGGGUGUGAGAGAGAUCAUCCCCCCGUCCAUCCCACAGAUGUUUCACAGACAGAAAACCAGUCAGCCCAGUCCCCAGAGCCACCCCACCCGCCAGGAGUGCCACAGCCCCCAGCAUACCCAGAUUCAGAGGUUUCAUCCUGAGGUUAGGGUUCAGGACGAGAGAGGGUUCAUGGAGAGCCUGAGACCUGGCGGUACUAACGUUACAGCUGGCCCCUACCACAAUCACCGACCGCCAUGUUUCCAUCCGCAGUACCUGUCUGACGGCAUGGAGAAACAGCACUGUCUCGUUCAGAUACAGACCCACAGACACGUCCUCCACCACCAUCAGCAACAUCAGGUGUUCCCUGGAAAGAUGAAGCAAGUUCUGUCUGGGUCUCCUGUCGCGGUGUCCACCUCCUGUCCUCCCAUGCUCCAUCCCGUCCACCUGUCUCCAUCCCCCAUGUCCCCCAUGUCCCCCAUGCCAACCAGGUCCAUCACUAUCCGACACACCAUUCUCCAUCACCAACAUCACCACCGUGCAGCCUUCCUCCCUGCUCACCCCCAACCAACUCUCUUACCCCAUGUUCUGCCUGUCCCAGUCAGCAGCCUGCCUAUUGGGGCAGAAAUGUGUCCCUCUGGCCCCUACCCACCUCCUUUUGUGACCUCACCACCACAACUCUCGGUAAUGGCCCGGCCCAGUUUACACCACCACCCAAUGGCGGUGACAUUCCACGCCAUGCCCCGUCCAGCCAUGUUCCCCUCCAUGCUGCAGCCACACCCACAUCCCACUGUCAUCCCUCUACAGCCCAUGUUUUGAUGACAUCACAUCCCACUGUCAUCCGGGCUAUAGUCCAUGUUUUGAUGACAUCACAUCCCACUGUCAUCCGGGCUACAGUCCAUGUUUUGAUGACAUCACAUCCAACUGUCAUCCGGGCUACAGCCCAUGUUUUGAUGACAUCACAUCCCACUGUCAUCCGGGCUACAGUCCAUCUUUUGAUGACAUCACAUCCCACUGUCAUCCCUCUACAUCCCAUGUUUUGAUGACAUCACAUCCCACUGUCAUCCGGGCUACAGUCCAUGUUUUGAUGACAUCACAUCCCACUGUCAUCCGGCUACAGUCCAUGUUUUGAUGACAUCACAUCCCACCGUCAUCCGUCUACAGUCCAUGUUUUGAUGACAUCACAUCCCACUGUCAUCCGGCUACAGUCCAUGUUUUGAUGACUUCACAUCCCACCGUCAUCCGUCUACAGUCCAUGUUUUGAUGACAUCACAUCCCACUUUCAUCUCAUUGCUGGACAUGUUUUGAUGACAUCAUCAUCUAACAUGCCACUGCAGGAAGUAUAGCUUUCAAUCUUCUUUUUUGUUGUCUUACUUACAACUAUUAUUUCAAAUGGGGGCGAAAGCAACAACAAACAAACAAAAAGUUACUGUCAAUUUCAUCUCGUACUUAAAGUAGUCUUUUCUUCACGUAACAUCCCGAAACCUGCUUUAACAAUGGAAAGGCUUCUGUAGUAGCCUAUUCAGAGUGAUAAGUGAUUUUCAUUCAUACAAUAUUAUCCAGAAAUAUUUCCUUUAGAGUGACAAUCAAGCAUAACUACAGAAUUAGAAUGUGUGCAAUACUAAAAAACCAGUUUGAAGCAGAUUAAUUAUUAGAGUGUCCUCUAGACUGUAUUUUUUUUUCUAGUGAAGUGCUUCAAUAGUCUACCUUUAAGGGCAUUACACGCAAUACUAGUUCAAUUAAACAUGAACAUAAGCACAGUCCGUUUUUUAGUGCAAACGGUACGUGUGGAAGAGUUUCACUCUACGUUUAUUUUGUUUCCUAAAGUAUGACAAUUCAUUCACAGAACACUCUAUUGUACAGCAUUCCCUCCGUAGUUUCAGACACAGCCCCCCCCCCCCCCUCCCCAAAAGUAAAGUAUGCAUUGAAAGAAUGGGUCUGAGCUGUGGCUGUCCUUAUAUGGACACGGUACGGCUACAUAUGUAAUGAGAUUUUUAUAGAUUAGAUAAAAAAAAAAAAUGUCAGUGUCUUUGUAAUGACAUAGCCCUGAUUGAUUCUGUACCUAAAUCUGCUUACCAAGUGGUCGCAAAUGCUUCCCCAUAGGCCUUCUCCAUGUAAUUGUAAUACAGUAGAUGAUGAAAACUGUUCUACCGUUCUGCAACUAAUUCAACUUGAUUUAAAAAAAUCAAAUUUAAAAAAAAUGUUGUACAUUGGUUGUAAAUUAGCCAUAUUUAUAAUUCACUUGCAGGAUUUAUUGUAAGAUAUAAUUCUGAUUUUUAUAGUGCAAGUUACCCCUUUAUGUAUUAUCAUCAUUAUUUAGAUACAACUGUGUUUUUACUUACGUUUUGUCAACAGAAUGAUGUUGAGGUAAAAAUAAAUAAUAAAAUGUACAAAAGAUUUAAUAAAAAUAAAAAAUAUUCC